AUGGUACUCUCAGGAAAUAUAUGCCCUGCCAGUUUUGGUGUAUCAAAUCCUCAUCUUUACAUGGACGUAGUUUCAAAUCGCCAAACAGAGGUAAGAACAACCUAUCUAUGUGAAGAAGAUCUUGAAAUGCCUUCUAGAAAUUGCAAGGUCAUGUCUCAAAAGACUGGCAAUAAAUUAGAUUCCACUAUGUACAUAAAUGUUGAAGAUGACUCGGACAUUGAACUCCUUAGGAUAGAACAAGUAAAAAGUUCACAGAUUCACCUAGCUAAAGUCUUGAUGGGAUUGACAUGCUUAUAUAUUCCACUCAGACUGGCAAAGCUAAAUGUACUUGAUAUUUUCAUUAAGAUUGCCCAAGAAAGAUUUCUCUGUACUGUUCAAAAUAUUGGGGCUGAGACCUUGCCUUUUGCCUGUGCUUCUAAUUCAAUGAAUAAACCCCUGCCUCUUGGAUUGGAUGUGACGUUGCCAUCAUUCCAAGAUGUUAAAUGGAGCUUUCACAGAUUAUUGUAUCUUUUCAACGUCCAACUUGAGAAAAAUGUUGCCACGUUCUUCAUAGUGCUCCUGGUAGCAUGUUUCUCAUUUGUUCUCAUUGGUGGUUUCCUGUUCUACAAGUUUAGGGAUAGUAAAGAAUCUUUGGAGGACUGCUUCUGGGAAGCUUGGGCAUGCCUCUGUUCAUCAUCUACACAUCUAAAGCAAAGAACACGUAUUGAACGUGUUAUUGGUUUCGUUCUUGCUAUAUGGGGCAUACUAUUUUACACCCGCCUAUUGAGCACAAUGACUGAACAGUUCCGGAGUAAUAUGUACAAGCUCAGAGAAGGGGCACAAAUGCAAGUUCUAGAGACUGAUCACAUCAUUAUUUGUGGAGUGAACAGCCAUCUUGCUUUCAUACUAAAGCAAUUAAACAAGUAUCAUGAAUUUGCUGUCCGUUUAGGUACUGCUACAGCUAGGAAGCAAAGAAUUCUUCUUAUGUCUGAUCUGCCAAGAAAGCAGAUAGACAAGUUAGCUGAUCAGAUUGCCAAAGAUUUUAACCAUAUCGAUAUCCUUACAAAAAGUUGUAGCCUGAGCUUAACAAAAUCAUAUGAAAGAGCUGCUGCCAACAAGGCACGUGCCAUAAUUAUACUGCCUACAAAGACAGAUCGGUAUGAAGUUGACACUGAUGCCUUUCUAUCUGUUCUGGCUCUUCAACCUAUUCCUAAUAUGGAAUCCGUCCCCACUAUAGUUGAGGUUUCAAGUUCCAAUACAUGUGAGCUUUUAAAGUCAAUCUCAGGGUUGAAAGUAGAGCCUGUGGAGAACGUUGCAUCCAAAUUAUUUGUUCAAUGCUCUCGUCAAAAAGGACUAAUAAAGAUCUACAGACACUUGCUUAACUAUCGAAAAAAUGUGUUCAACCUUUGGAAUUCUCCUAGUCUUGCAGGGCUGAAGUAUAGAGAAUUAGGGCCUGGGUUUCAAGAGGCAGUUGUUUGUGGGCUUUAUAGAAAUGAGAAGAUAUACUUCCACCCAAAUGAUGAUGAGAUCUUGCAGGAAACUGACAAAGUAUUGUUCAUUGCACCUGUCAAUGGGGCUAAGAAACCUGCUAUUACUUAUUCAAAUGUUAAAGAAAUAAGUGAUGCCAAUCGAAGUGUUGAAGAUGUAGAAAAGGACAGUGAUACUCAAUCGUAUGCCUUAAAAAUAAGGAAAGAAAACACACGUCCCAAGAAAAGAGGCUCCAAGGCUUCAGAUGGGACUCUAGGACCAAAAGAAUUUAUACUUCUUCUUGGAUGGCGGCCAGACGUUGUUGAGAUGAUUGAAGAGUAUGACAAUUAUCUCGGACCUGGGAGUGUUGUGGAGAUAUUAUCAGAUGUACCAUUAGAUGACAGAAAUAAGGCAACAAAAGGUGCCGGCGGUCAAGCCAAACUAAAAAAUGUGCAGGUUUCACACAGGAUCGGAAACCCUAUGAACUUUGACACUUUACAAGAAACCAUACGCAAUAUCCAACUUUCUUCGAAAAAUGAAGAUAUUCCCUUAUCCAUUGUUGUAAUAUCUGAUAGAGAAUGGCUUCUUGGAGAUCCAAACAGGGCAGACAAGCAAUCCGCCUAUUCCCUUCUUCUUGCUGAAAAUAUUUGCAACAAACUUGGUGUAACGGUGCAAAAUCUAGUUGCAGAGAUUGUGGACUCGAAAUUGGGGAAACAAAUCACAAGAAUAAAGCCAUCCCUGACUUAUAUUGCCGCGGAGGAAGUAAUGAGCCUCGUAACAGCUCAAGUUGCUGAGGACAGUGAACUAAAUGAGGUGUGGAAAGACAUUCUGAAUGCAGAAGGUGAUGAAAUAUAUGUGAAGGAUAUCAGACUCUAUAUGAAGGAAGGAGAGAUUCCAUCGUUCACAGAGCUUGCUAAAAGAGCACAUUUACGGAGAGAAGUGGCCAUAGGUUAUGUGAAAAACAAUAAGAAGGUUAUUAAUCCAGUUCCCAAGUCAGAACCCCUCUCCCUUGAGUUGACAGAUUCGUUAAUAGUUAUAUCUGAACUUGAAGGAGAACAACCAAUCCUUAUGUAGAAUGGCCUCU